GGUGGAGAAGGAGAAGUAAUAGUAGGUGUUGGGGCGGGGGGAGCGCACUUCCGGUUUUGCCAGUCAUUGAGAGCUUGGCGGCUCCGGCGGAAGGAGGCAACCGAGGAGAGAUGGACAGCCAAGGCAGGAAGGUGGUGGUGUGCGACAACGGGACUGGGUUUGUGAAAUGCGGCUAUGCCGGCUCCAACUUCCCAGAGCACAUUUUCCCGGCUCUGGUUGGGCGACCUGUCAUCCGUUCUACUGCCAAAGUGGGAAACAUCGAGAUCAAGGACCUCAUGGUUGGUGAUGAAGCCAGCGAGUUACGUUCAAUGCUGGAAGUGAACUAUCCCAUGGAAAAUGGCAUAGUGCGGAACUGGGAUGACAUGAAGCACUUGUGGGACUACACCUUCGGACCGGAGAAACUAAACAUUGACACCAGAGACUGUAAAAUCCUUUUAACUGAACCUCCAAUGAACCCGACCAAAAACAGAGAGAAGAUUGUCGAGGUGAUGUUUGAGACGUACCAGUUCUCAGGUGUUUACGUUGCUAUCCAGGCUGUUCUUACGCUGUAUGCACAAGGUUUAUUGACUGGUGUCGUGGUGGAUUCCGGUGAUGGAGUCACUCAUAUUUGCCCAGUAUAUGAAGGGUUCUCCUUGCCUCACCUCACCAGGAGACUAGAUAUUGCCGGCAGGGAUAUUACCCGCUAUCUGAUCAAGCUGCUACUUCUCCGUGGAUACGCUUUCAAUCACUCCGCAGAUUUUGAGACUGUUCGCAUGAUCAAGGAGAAGCUCUGUUAUGUUGGAUACAAUAUAGAACAAGAGCAAAAACUGGCAUUAGAGACUACAGUGCUGGUGGAGUCCUACACACUUCCAGAUGGCAGGGUUAUUAAAGUAGGUGGAGAACGCUUUGAAGCUCCAGAAGCCCUGUUCCAGCCUCAUCUUAUCAACGUUGAAGGUGUUGGAGUUGCAGAGUUACUGUUCAACACCAUCCAGGCAGCUGAUAUUGACACUCGGCCAGAGUUCUAUAAGCACAUUGUGCUGUCUGGAGGCUCCACCAUGUACCCAGGCCUGCCAUCUCGCCUGGAGAGAGAACUCAAACAGCUCUACUUAGAAAGAGUCCUAAAGGGAGAUGUUGAGAAAUUAUCGAAAUUCAAGAUUCGCAUUGAAGACCCUCCUCGUCGUAAGCAUAUGGUAUUCCUGGGGGGCGCAGUGUUAGCGGAUAUCAUGAAAGACAAAGACAACUUCUGGAUGACCAGGGAGGAGUACCAGGAGAAGGGCGUGCGUGUGCUGGAGAAGCUCGGCGUGACUGUCCGAUAAACUCCCCCCGCCUGUUCUGUUGCUUCUCUAAAGCUUUCCUUAUUUCCUUUUAUUGCCAAUCUUUGAACUCAUUCAGCUACAUGACUUGGAAAAGCCUAUUGACGUUAGAGGUCAGGGG